CGGAAGGGUAGAGUCCAAAGCAACCAGCGAAGGCUGGUGUUGAGCGGAAUGGGUAGCAGGAGUUUCAGUUAUUUUAUUUCACAUACAAGAGGACACAGUUUUUGAAACUGAUAACCAGUAAGGCUAACAAUGGCCCAUGUAGGAGCAGUAGUGGCUACUGUCACUGGGGUGAUUGCUUUUCUUCUUCAUUCUUCUAUACACAAGAUUGAAGAGGGACAUCUUGCAGUUUAUUAUAGGGGUGGUGCUUUGCUGACUACUGCAAAUGGUCCAGGGUUUCAUAUUAUGCUUCCAUUUAUUACAACAUACAGAUCUGUUCAGACAACACUACAAACUGAUGAAAUAAAAAAUGUGCCUUGUGGGACAAGUGGGGGUGUCAUGAUCUACUUUGACAGAAUAGAGGUGGUCAAUAUGCUGGUUCCAUCUGCAGUUGUUGACAUUGUGAGGAACUACACAGCAGACUACGACAAGACAUUAAUCUUCAACAAGAUUCACCAUGAGCUCAAUCAGUUUUGCAGUGUCCAUACCCUCCAGGAAGUUUACAUUGAUUUGUUUGAUAUAAUUGAUGAAAAUCUUAAGCUGGCACUACAAAAGGACCUGAAUGCUAUGGCACCAGGACUUACAAUUCAGGCAGUUCGUGUAACAAAGCCAAAAAUCCCAGAGACUAUCAGAAGAAAUUUUGAACUAAUGGAAGCUGAGAAGACAAAGUUGCUUGUUUCUGCACAGACCCAAAAAGUCGUCGAGAAAGAGGCCGAAACUGAAAGGAAGAAAGCUGUUAUAGAGGCGCAGAAAGUUGCACAAGUUUCUGAAAUUCACUUCCAGCAAAAAAUGAUGGAAAAAGAAACUGAGAAGAAGAUUUCUGAAAUAGAAGAUGCAGCAUUCUUGGCGAAAGAAAAGGCCAAAGCAGAUGCAGAGUACUACACUGCGGAAAAAACCGCCCAAGCAAACGCGUUGAAACUAACCCCGGAAUACCUUGAGCUCAUGAAAUACCAGGCGAUUGCUGCUAACAGUAAGGUGUAUUUUGGCCAAGACAUCCCAGACAUGUUUGUGGAUAACAGUGCCGCUCAGCCCAGGAUUCAGGAUGAAGAGGACGCUGAUCUUCUGGAAUCGCUAGGAAAGGCAAAAAAAACAAAGAAAGCACAUCGUACUGAUUCAAAGGGAGGGUAACGGAAGAUCUGGCUGUUUGACAUUUGAUGGAUAGAUUGUGUGGCAUGCUGAUUUUGGUUUUAUAAUAAAAAAAGGUAUGUUUGGUGCGCUUUAGCUCUGACAUUUACCAGUGGAGUAUAUAAGGACUGCAGGUUUUCUAAAGCAGAACAUUUGUUUCUAAAAACUGGUUUGUAAAUCUAGAGUCUAGUUUUCAGAUCAAAUACCUACAAACCCUGCCUUGAACACUACUGCAAUGUAACAGGGAUGCCUACAAAUCUGCCAGGGUUUUUUUUUUUUUUUUUUUUGUUUUUAACGAAAAAAAGAACAACAAUGCAUAUGCUUUAACACAUUUUUAAAUCAAAAUAAAGUAGUUGGAUAAAAUUUAAACUGAAUGUUUGCUACAAGAAGAUACAUGCUUUUUUUACACAGCUUUUAUCGGUCUAAGCUUGCAUUUCUAUACAUGUUUUCAAAAGGGAUUUGGGGUGAAACUUAAGGUUCUGUACAGAAUUUCUUUAUAAAGCUAGGAAAUACGACCUGUAAACAGAAGGUGUAAAUGCAUUUUCUUUUCAUUUAUUCUUAGUCCUUGACUGGAAUGGUGUUCUUUCUUUCUUGAGUUUACACCAAGUAAACUUAGUUGAUCUGAGAUGCCUGUUGUGAAAUAUGCAAAUAUUGCAGUAUGACAGCAAGAAUUGUUAAUUCUACAAUUUACUGAAUGAUGUGAAUUUGAUUUUUGCUCCACAAAUAAAACGGAGUAUUUUACCGAUGCUGAGUUUUUAAAAGGUCUGAAUGAAUUUGCACUUGCAUACUUGUUGUUUUGUAAGCUUAAGAGUAUUUGAUGCAAACAAAUUAGACCAGGUGACUUUAUAUUAAUAUUUAAGACCACACAAAUAAGUUAAGUUACUGCCAUUUAAUUUCUGAUUCCAGUUAAACAUUUUUUUUUAUUAUUUUUUAAAAGCAAUAAUUUUAUUUUUUUUCCUUUUGAAUAGAAGCAAUAGUCCAAAGAGGCAGAUUUCAUCAGAGAUUUACAAUCUAUGUAACCAGGCAACAAAGUGCCAAUCUGUCCUUAGUUCUGUGAUACUCUUUUAAAAACACAGAAUUAAACAUCUUGUAUUUUAUAAUGGAUCCUAUUUGAAAAAGACUAAAUGUAUUUUAGAGAACAUGUAAACGUGUGAUAUUUCUUGCUAAGUUUAAUAAUUACUAACUGCCUACUGCAAAAAGUUGUCCAUUUUAAGAUUUUAUGAAAUGAAUGACUUUCCUUAACAUUGUUAGGUUGGAUUAAUUCAUCCUUACUAGGUUUUUUUUAAAAAAAAAAUUGUUUAAUUGAAGUUGUGCCAGCACAAGACAAUUGCCAGAUUAAAGUAACA